ACCGAUCGUACCGAAAUGGGAAACAAGUGUAGUAGCAGUAGCUGCUACAAUGGUAGUAGCUUGUGUUGUGAAGAAUCCAAGGCCACCGGCUGCUGCGGCAGUUGCUGCGGGAUAAGGUUUAAAAGAAAAUGGACACCAUCGGAAACGGAAGCACGGGGUCACCUCAUGGGUGGAAGAAACCCACUUGCCACGCCGAUGAUUGAGAUGAAGCAUGAUGUUGUUGACGCCCCUUCUGCCGACGUGUUGACAAUCAAGAAGGUAGAUCUGUGCAUCGAGGAGAAUGGAAAGCUUCAUCACACCAAGCGGUUCGAGCUGAUGAAUAGGGAUGGCCUGAACGGACCAUUGCCCCGUCUGGUGGUCCGGCGAGGUGAAGCCUUUCGACUGCGGGUGCACUGCGAUCGACCGUUCGAUCGAAGUCGCGAUGCCAUGAGUUUGAUCUUCACGGUUGACGGCGAUGAAAGGCCAACGCACGGUCACGGAUCGCUGGUGGGGGUUGCCCUUCAGCAGUAUCGGCAUCUGAUCGAGGAUCCGCUGGAAUGGGGAGCUGCCAUCGAUUUUAUCAGUGGUGAUGUGUUGGAGAUUUUGGUCAAACCAGCGGCUACGGCUUCUGUGACCAAGUGGAAGCUGGACUUCGAUACGAAACUGUUGAGCGAAGGAUUCGGGAAAAGCUACUCAAUGCCGCAGCCAUUCUAUUUGCUGUUCAAUCCAUGGUGCAAGGAUGAUCAGGUGUAUUUAGAAGAAAAACCACUUAGAGACGAAUGUGUUAUGAACGACACGACUUUGAUAUGGAGAGGUUCCUAUAACCGACUGCGACCGUCGGUCUGGAAGUUUGGUCAAUUUGAGAAGCACAUUCUUGACUGUGCACUGCUAUUGAUUGACAAGGUUGGCAAAGUAAGUGCUACUCAUCGAGGUGAUCCGAUUCGUGUUUGUAGGGCCAUAUCGGCCGCUGUGAAUUCUCCGGAUGACGAUGGAGCGUUACUCGGAAACUGGAGUGGGGAUUUCUCCGGUGGGACAGCUCCAACCAAGUGGGUAGGAUCGGUGGAGAUUAUGCAGCAAUACUACAAGAAGCAGAAACCAGUCAAGUUUGGACAGUGCUGGGUGUUUGCUGGAGUUGUUUCAACAAUUGCUAGAGCGAUCGGUAUUCCAUCGCGAGUGAUCACAAACUACUCAUCGGCUCAUGAUACACAGGCCUCACUCACAGUGGACUAUUUUGUGGAUAAGAAUGGUAAGAUAAUGGAAGAGUUAAACUCGGAUUCCAUCUGGAACUAUCACGUGUGGAAUGAAGUUUGGAUGCAACGUCCUGAUUUGGGUAUCAGCUCGGAUGGAGACUAUGGAGGAUGGCAGGCUAUUGAUGCUACUCCUCAGGAGAUGUCGGAUGGGAUGUUCCGCUGUGGACCGGCCUCGGUGUUGGCAGUUAAACUGGGAGAGAUUGCAAAGCCCUAUGAUAACAACUUCCUAUUCGCGGAAGUCAACGCGGAUAAGGUGUUUUGGAGGUAUACGGGGCCUGCUCAUCCACUGAAAUUGAUUAGAAAGGAUAUCCUAGGCAUUGGCCAUUUCAUAAGUACCAAGGCCGUUGGAAAUUGGGUACGCGAGGAUAUCACAAGUAGCUACAAGUUUGCCGAAAAAAGUCAAGAGGAACGCGAUACCAUGUUGAAAGCUCUGAAACAAACCAAUAGUGCAUUCAGCAGGUACUACUUGAACGAGGACUUCAAUGAGAUAUAUUUCAAUUUCGAACUGCGAGAUGACAUCAAGAUUGGGGAAUCAUUUUCAGUGAUUCUACAAGUAAAGAAUCGAUCCUCGGAAUCGACUCACAUCGUCAACGGUUCUCUGAACGUAGAAACUAUUCUCUACACGGGAAAAGAGCGAGACAUGGUCAAGACCGAAGCGUUCAGCAUCGCUUUGAUGCCAAGCUCAGAGGAGUUUGUCAGAUUAGUGGUCACCUUCGAUGAAUAUUUCAAGAAGCUACGAGAUCAAGCUGCGUUCAACAUUUCCUGUCUGGCUACCGUUGAGAAAACGGACUACGAAUUCUUUGCGCAGGACGACUUCCGCGUUCGGAAACCUGACAUCAAGAUCAAACUGUCUGAUACACCGGUUUCGCAAAGCCCAGUUGACGUGACCUUUUCCCUACUCAAUCCGCUCCCGAUUGCCCUCAGGAAGGGAAUAUUCCAGAUUGAAGGAUCGGGAAUAGAGAAGCCAUUGAUUUUUAAGCAUUCGGAGAUUGCAGUGGGUGAAACGAUCAGCAACACUUUCAGUUUAACGCCGGAGUUUGCCGGUCGGGCAACGAUUGCUGCCAAGUUUACGUCCAAAGAGUUGGACGACGUUGAUGGUUUUCUUGCCUUUGAAGCUAAGCCUCGGCCAGAGGAUGUGCUAAUGGAAACUACCGAAAAUGCAAUUAUCGCUCGAACAGACGUUAUCGAUUGAUGACGGUUGGUAGUAUUUAUCUUUUUUGUCGAUGUGUUCAAGAAAUGAAUGUAUUGAAAGCCAAAUAUCAAUCGAUUUUGUACAAGCUUUGAUCAUAUUUAUAAACCUAAAUCUACUUAUUAAUUUAUGCAAUU